UUCAAAACAACUCCAGUCAAUACGUAGUAUGACAAACUGCAGCCCGGCGAAAUCGUUCGACCCACACAAAAGGGAAGGACAGGGAAACAUUAGAACGACCGGCGCUGGCAAUGUGAAUUUUUUCGGUUCGAUCAAUAGGUUGAAUGGCUUAACAAAUGAGCAGAAAAAGGUCGCUGAGGUUGGACAACCACAAAGACCUGUUCCCAUCUGUAGACCUAAGAAAGGUGGUAGUGAAAUUGAAAAGGAUUGUAGCGAUGUGGCUAUGAAAUUGUUAUCGCAGAAGAAGACCGAAAAAUGGUUGAGAAAUCUGCCCCUUAAAGACCACAUUUUGAAACAGAAACCGUCUGCGGCUGGGACUGAAAUUUUAAGAAAGAAUUCGAAAAAGGUGCCGUUCUUCGAGAACCUUAAAGCCAGUAAUCCAAAAUAUUCAUUAACUGGCGAUGCCUCUGCGACCCUGAGAAGUCGAAAAUCGGGGACGUUUAUCGUUGACGAUGACAAGCUUAGUGUGUGGACGGGUGGAACAGGUGGCCGAAGAUUAGAUUUUAACGAAGAAAGCGAUCUGAAACGCGAAGAUGUUGGACAUGAUGUGAAGAAUCGCUUAUCUUCUACUGAUUGUAGUGACAAUUUAUCACAAAAUCAUGAGUUCACUCGCGGUGAUAAUGGAAACACCUCGCUCAACGAUUUAAAGAUUGAUGGGGAUACAGACGAUAUUGUUAUUUUCGAAAGAACUGAUUAUAGCUGCCCGAAAGUCCAUCAAGCCGAAAAAGCGGAAAAAAUCCCCAAAUCGAUUAACAUCAAGAAAAUGUUGUUGAUUAUUCUGGGGAUAAGCUUCAUCAUUUCUCUAGUGAUUUGGUCGAUUUUCCGAUUCAACUUGGAGCAAAUAUUUCUAAAUUAUUUCAAUGUCCAUACGAAGCAACAACCCACAAACUACGAAGUUUCCUUGCGGUUUGUCAAAAACGUUUGUCGACUGAUUGGUCUCGAGUAUUGAUGAUUGCAGGAAUAUUUGGUAAAAUGGGAACAAAUUUGUCAAUUUUAAUGUUUAUUUUGAAGCGAAUUAUUUGCAAGAA